CAGCCGUCACGCGGUGCCGCCGUCAUAGCGCCGAGCGCAGCCGGGGAGCAGCAGCAGCAGCAGCAGGUCUGCGCUCGAGGACCAGCGCCCAUGCCCAAGCCCGUGCCCAUGCCGGGUCGCCGCCAGUGACGCCGGAGAGGUGUCUCCCGUGCUCGCCGGGGCUCCCGCUGCUGCUCGGAGUGACCCCCCACGGCCGCAGAGAUGGCCGGGGCCUCGGUGAAGGUGGCGGUGCGUGUCCGCCCCUUCAACUCCCGGGAGAUGAGCCGAGACUCCAAGUGCAUCAUCCAGAUGUCCGGAAGCACCACCACCAUCGUUAACCCCAAACAGCCCAAGGAGACACCCAAAAGCUUCAGCUUCGACUAUUCCUACUGGUCACACACCUCGCCGGAAGACAUCAACUACGCCUCCCAGAAGCAGGUGUACCGGGACAUCGGCGAGGAGAUGCUGCAGCAUGCCUUCGAGGGCUACAACGUCUGCAUCUUCGCCUACGGGCAGACCGGGGCCGGCAAGUCCUACACCAUGAUGGGCAAGCAGGAGAAAGACCAGCAGGGCAUCAUCCCGCAGCUCUGCGAGGACCUGUUCUCCCGCAUUAACGACACCACCAACGAUAACAUGUCCUACUCCGUGGAGGUCAGCUACAUGGAGAUUUACUGCGAGCGGGUCCGUGACCUCCUGAACCCCAAGAAUAAGGGCAACCUGCGUGUGAGGGAGCACCCCCUGCUGGGGCCCUACGUGGAGGACCUCUCCAAGCUGGCUGUCACCUCCUACAAUGACAUCCAGGACCUCAUGGACUCAGGGAACAAGGCCCGGACGGUGGCGGCCACGAACAUGAACGAGACGAGCAGCCGCUCCCACGCCGUCUUCAACAUCAUCUUCACACAGAAGCGCCACGACGCGGAGACGAGCGUCACCACGGAGAAGGUGAGCAAAAUCAGCCUAGUGGACCUGGCCGGGAGCGAGCGGGCCGAUUCCACGGGGGCCAAGGGCACACGCCUCAAGGAGGGAGCCAACAUCAACAAGUCCCUCACCACCCUGGGCAAGGUCAUCUCUGCUCUGGCCGAGAUGGACUCGGGGCCCAACAAGAACAAGAAGAAGAAGAAGACGGACUUCAUCCCCUACCGGGACUCGGUGCUGACCUGGCUGCUGCGGGAAAACCUGGGCGGGAACUCGAGGACAGCCAUGGUGGCGGCGCUGAGCCCCGCGGACAUCAACUACGACGAGACGCUGAGCACCCUGAGGUACGCGGACCGGGCCAAGCAGAUCCGCUGUAACGCUGUCAUCAACGAGGACCCCAACAACAAGCUGAUCCGCGAGCUGAAGGACGAGGUCACCCGACUGCGGGACCUGCUGUACGCCCAGGGUCUCGGCGACAUCACGGACACCAACACUGUGCCUGGAGGACCCAAAUUGACCAACGCCCUGGUGGGCAUGAGCCCCUCGUCCUCGCUCUCGGCCCUGUCCAGCCGUGCCGCCUCCGUGUCCAGCCUGCACGAGCGCAUCUUGUUUGCCCCGGGCAGCGAGGAGGCCAUCGAGAGGCUGAAGGAGACGGAGAAGAUCAUAGCUGAGCUCAACGAGACCUGGGAGGAGAAGCUGCGGCGGACGGAAGCCAUCCGGAUGGAGAGGGAAGCGCUGCUGGCUGAGAUGGGCGUGGCCAUGAGGGAGGACGGUGGCACCCUGGGGGUGUUCUCUCCCAAAAAGACGCCACAUCUCGUCAACCUGAACGAGGACCCGCUGAUGUCAGAGUGUCUCCUCUACUACAUCAAGGAUGGGAUCACCAGAGUGGGCCGAGAGGACGCAGAGAAGCGGCAGGACAUCGUCCUGAGCGGGCAUUUCAUCAAAGAGGAGCACUGCGUCUUCCGGAGCGACUCCCGAGGGGGCGGUGAAGCCGUGGUGACCCUGGAGCCAUGUGAGGGCGCAGACACGUACGUCAAUGGCAAGAAAGUCACAGAGCCCAGCGUCCUGCGGUCAGGAAACCGCAUCAUCAUGGGCAAGAGCCACGUGUUCCGGUUCAACCACCCUGAGCAGGCGAGGCAAGAGCGUGAGCGCACGCCCUGUGCAGAGACGCCCUCCGAGCCCGUGGACUGGGCCUUCGCCCAGCGCGAGCUGCUGGAGAAGCAGGGCAUCGACAUGAAGCAGGAGAUGGAGCAGAGGCUGCAGGAACUGGAGGACCAGUACCGGCGGGAGCGGGAGGAAGCCACGUACCUGCUGGAGCAGCAGAGGCUGGACUACGAGAGCAAGCUGGAGGCCCUGCAGAAGCAGAUGGACUCCAGGUACUACCCCGAAGUGAACGAGGAGGAAGAGGAGCCGGAGGACGAAGUCCAGUGGACAGAGCGGGAGUGUGAGCUGGCGCUGUGGGCCUUCCGGAAGUGGCGGUGGUACCAGUUCACGUCCCUGCGGGACCUGCUGUGGGGCAAUGCCAUCUUCCUCAAGGAGGCCAAUGCCAUCAGCGUGGAACUCAAGAAGAAGGUCCAGUUCCAGUUUGUCCUCCUCACGGACACGCUGUACUCCCCACUGCCCCCGGACCUGCUGCCCCCAGAGGCCGAAGACCGAGAGACUCGCCCCUUCCCCCGCACCAUUGUGGCCGUGGAGGUCCAGGACCAGAAGAAUGGGGCCACCCACUACUGGACGCUGGAGAAACUCAGGCAGCGCCUGGACCUGAUGCGGGAGAUGUACGACCGGGCGGCAGAGGUGCCCUCCAGCGUCAUCGAGGACUGUGACAACGUGGUGACCGGCGGGGACCCCUUCUAUGACCGCUUCCCCUGGUUCCGGCUGGUGGGCAGUUCAGUCGUCUCUGGCUGCAACAGCUACCCUCUUCUCAACACAUGCAUGAGCGAGCGCAUGGCUGCUCUCACCCCCUCCCCCACCUUCUCGAGCCCCGACUCCGACGCCACCGAGCCUGCCGAGGAGCAGAGCGUGGGGGAGGAGGAGGAGGAGGAGGAGGAGGAGGAGGACCUGGAGGACGACGUCUUUCCGGAGCACGUGCUGUGCGACGGCCGGGACCCGUUUUACGACCGGCCCCCCCUGUUCAGUUUAGUAGGAAGGGCCUUCGUGUACCUGAGCAACCUGCUGUACCCUGUGCCCCUGGUGCACCGAGUGGCCAUCGUCAGCGAGAAGGGCGAGGUGAAGGGCUUUCUCCGCGUGGCCGUCCAGGCCAUCUCAGCCGAUGAAGAGGCCCCUGAUUACGGCUCCGGCGUCCGCCAGUCGGGAACCGCCAAAAUCUCCUUCGACGACCAGCAUUUCGAGAAGUUCCAGUCCGAGUCCUGCCCGGGGGCGGGGAUGUCCCGCUCGGGGGCCUCCCAGGAGGAGCUGCGCAUCGUGGAAGGUCAGGGCCAGGGCGCAGAUGCCGGGCCCUCGGCCGAUGAGGUCAACAACAACACCUGCUCAGCGGUGACCCCAGAGGGCCUCCUGGACAGCCCGGAGAAGGCCACCCUGGACGGGCCCCUGGACGCCGCCCUGGACCACCUUGGCCUGGGCAGCACCUUCACCUUCCGAGUGACCGUCCUGCAGGCGUCAAGCAUCUCGGCCGAAUAUGCUGACAUCUUCUGCCAGUUCAACUUCAUCCAUCGCCACGACGAGGCCUUCUCUACGGAGCCCCUGAAGAACACGGGGAGGGGCCCUCCGCUCGGCUUCUACCACGUCCAGAAUAUCGCGGUGGAGGUGACCCGGUCCUUCAUCGAGUACAUCAAGAGCCAGCCCAUCGUCUUUGAGGUCUUCGGCCACUACCAGCAGCACCCGUUCCCGCCCCUGUGCAAGGACGUGCUCAGCCCGCUGAGGCCCUCACGCCGCCAUUUCCCGCGGGUCAUGCCUCUGUCCAAGCCAGUGCCCGCCACCAAGCUCAGCGCACUGACACGGCACUGCCCGGGACCCUGCCACUGCAAGUACGACCUGCUGGUCUACUUCGAGAUCUGCGAGCUGGAGGCCAAUGGCGAUUACAUCCCGGCAGUGGUGGACCAUCGCGGCGGGAUGCCGUGCAUGGGGACCUUCCUGCUCCACCAGGGCAUCCAGAGGCGGAUAACCGUGACACUGCUGCAUGAGACAGGCAGCCACAUCCACUGGAAGGAAGUGCGAGAGCUGGUCGUGGGUCGCAUCCGAAACACUCCAGAAACUGACGAGUCCCUGAUUGACCCCAACAUCUUGUCUCUCAACAUCCUGUCAUCGGGGUACAUCUACCCGGCCCAGGAUGACCGGACCUUUUACCAGUUUGAGGCUGCGUGGGACAGCUCCAUGCACAACUCUCUGCUGCUGAACCGGGUCACCCCGUAUCGAGAGAAGAUCUACAUGACGCUCUCCGCUUACAUCGAGAUGGAGAACUGCACGCAGCCGGCCGUCAUCACCAAGGACUUCUGCAUGGUCUUCUACUCCCGCGACGCCAAGCUGCCGGCCUCACGCUCCAUCCGCAACCUGUUCGGCAGUGGGAGCCUGCGGGCCUCGGAGAGCAACCGCGUGACGGGCGUGUACGAGCUCAGCCUGUGCCACGUGGCCGAUGCAGGCAGCCCAGGGACACAGCGGCGCCGCAGGCGGGUGCUGGAUACCUCUGUGGCCUAUGUGCGCGGCGAGGAGAAUCUGGCGGGCUGGAGGCCGCGGAGCGACAGCCUCAUCCUGGACCACCAGUGGGAGCUGGAGAAGCUGAGUCUCCUGCAGGAGGUGGAGAAGACCAGGCACUACCUGUUGCUGCGGGAGAAGCUGGAGACGGCGCAGCGGCCCGGCCCCGAGGCCCUGUCCCCCGCCUCCAGCGAGGACUCUGAGGCCCACAGCUCGUCCAGCGCCUCCUCCCCGCUUGCAGCUGAGGGCCGGCCGUCGUCCCUGGAGGCUCCCAACGAGAGGCAGAGGGAGCUGGCUGUCAAGUGCUUACGGCUCCUCACCCACUCCUUCAACAGAGAGUACACCCACAGCCACGUCUGCAUCAGCGCCAGCGAGAGCAAGCUCUCCGAGAUGUCUGUGACCCUGCUGCGGGACCCGUCCAUGUCCCCUCUGGGGGCGGCCACACUCACCCCCUCCUCCACCUGCCCCUCCCUGGUCGAAGGGCGGUACGGAGCCCCUGACCUGAGGACCCCGCAGCCCUGCUCCCGGCCGGCCAGCCCCGAGCCCGAGCCCCUGCCGGAGGCAGAUUCGAAGAAGCUCCCCUCCCCUGCCCGGGGGGCAUCGGAGGCCGACAAGGAGACCCCACGCCUGCUGGUCCCCGACAUCCAGGAGAUCCGGGUCAGCCCGAUCGUCUCCAAGAAGGGGUACCUGCACUUCCUGGAGCCGCACACGGCCGGCUGGGCCAAGCGCUUCGUGGUGGUGCGGCGGCCCUACGCCUACAUGUACAACAGCGACAAGGACGCCGUGGAGAGGUUUGUGCUCAACCUGUCCACGGCCCAGGUCGAGUACAGCGAGGACCAGCAGGCCAUGCUCAAGACCCCCAACACGUUUGCCGUGUGCACGGAGCACCGUGGGAUCCUGCUGCAGGCCAACAGCGACAAGGACAUGCACGACUGGCUGUACGCCUUCAACCCCCUCCUGGCCGGGACCAUACGGUCCAAGCUCUCCAGGAGGAGGUCGGCCCAGAUGCGGGUCUGAGCCAGCGCCCUCCCGGGACAGCCAGCAGGCCCGACCCCGCUCCCCCGUCCUCGUCACCAUCUGUCGUGUCACCCGCCACCCAGCCCUGCCCCCGCCGGACAGCCCAGGCGCCCCCUCCUCCUGGGGACGGCGCGCUGGGCCCUGCGAGCCCACCUCUGGCCAGGGACCUACCACACGACCCGUCGUGCUCCCAGCAGAGGCCGUGUUUGUUGCCCUUUCUUCCAGAACAUGCCCUGGGUGGGGAGAGCUGGGCGCCGCCCGGAAGGCUAGAGGGCGCCAGGCACAGGGGCACCGCUGAUAUUUUUUUAAGUAUAGACAGACUUCUAAUUAACAUACGUUAGUUAGUGACAUUGAAACAGCCCCUCAGAAGUUAACCCUAAGACUGUGUUCUAUUUAUAAGUAUUUAUUUCUAACCCUCACGUAGACCUGCAGGGCGCAGGGGCCCCGCCCCUAUUUGUUCCCACACCCAAGGCACAGGCCGGGUCGGGGCAGCCGCCUCGGGGACCGUGGUGAGGAGGCAUCUGGACAGGCUGGGCACCUCCUGGUUGGCAGCCCGGGAAGUGCACCUGCCCGGGCCGGAGCUGAGGCUUCUCCCCAGCUGCACGUCGGGCAGGCCCCGGCCCAGGGUGGUGUGUGUGUGCGCAUGUCGGGGCUGACGCCCGACGUCCCAGGAGCCCAGAAGGCGGUGCGCGUUACUUGUAGCAGGAGGUGGGGCCCACAUGUCACCUGGACAGCGGCCUCCUGAGAUGCACGUGUCCAAGAUGACACUGGCAGCGUCCCCGGGGAGCGCAUGGGAGGGGAGAUGCCGGGCUGUGGGGCUGGCCUGGUGGGAACAGGAGGGAGAGGGGCAGGACCCACCUGGCUGGCCGGAGGCAGGAGGCUGGCUCUGGAGGCAGUCGCGGGUGACGGUCCAGGUAGUGAGAGGUACAUGGUGCGGCCCCUCCAGCCGCAGCGAGACGGGGCUGAGCUCUAGGCCACCGCCGGAAGAAAUCUGUGACCUCUCCUGUCGGCCCCAAGAGAGGAGUUUCUGUGGGGCCCGUCGAGACAUGUGACCCUUGGGGUCAGGUGAGCACGGCCAGCGCUGGGGUCAUGUCAGCAGGGGGCUUCCUCAUGUGUCUGAGAGUGCCACGUGCGUCCCAUCCUGACCUCUUGUGACAUAUCCAUUUCGUCCCCUGUGCGACCCGUGUCUGGGGCAGGAGUCAGCCCCGGGCUGAGAGUCUGUUGUGUGCGGUGCCCAGGCCAUAAACCCUUCAGAAAAACCACAGGCCUGGGGUCUUCAGGGCCCUGUACCUACCCCCAUGGCACAGCUGGCCUCCUGCAGCUCAAGGAAAAUAGUGCCCCAGCCCAAGACCCGUCCCCGCCAUGGCCCCUAAGGGCAGCAAGGGUUCCUGUUCUGGGUUGAAAUCAAACACUGUGCAGAGAGCUGGAGGCCUGUGCUCCCUCUGGGUGUCCCCUGGGGUGCAGGCCGAGACGCAGAGAGUAGGGGUGACAGCACCCUGGGAACCAGCACGCCCUCUGGCUUUUACGAUGGCCUGGAGGGCAGGGAGGGAAAGCAGGUGGGGGAGUUUCUCUGAGACCAGCAGGUCCGAAACGCAGGGAGGUCAGAGCUGCCAGGCCUAGGCCACGGCCCACUCAGGUCAGCCAGCCUGAGGCUGUGGGCCCUCUCCCCCAGGGCACAGGUGUCUGGGGCCAGCCAGCCUGCAGAGCACCUGCUGAGGGGGGCGGGGCUGAGGGAAGGGGGCCUCGGGAGGCUUUCUGGAAGCCGCCCCAAAUUCAGGAGCCUCCGUGACCAUGGAGGCCUCCAGGGCUGCUUCUCGGCCUCAUGCUGCCUGGGCAGCGAGCGGGAGCCAGGUGUGGGCCACCUGAUGUCCCCUACCCGUCAUCACUUCCUCCCUCAGGCCUGCUUCAGCGCCAGCUCCUGGCUCUGAGUCCAGAAACACGGAGUUGCUGGGAAGAGACUCCCGUCGAGGGGUCGGGAAGGCUGCUUCUGCCCGGUGCCGUCUCAGCCAGGGGGAGGUGGUGUGGGACUCGGCUUCCGCAUCUCGGAUGUGGGAGGCUGCUCUGGAGUCCCCGAGGGGCCUCGGGUCGUAGGGAGCCGUCAGGAGAGCCAGGGGCUGUGUCCCGCAAGUAGGGAGGGAAAGGAGGAUCCAGAGGCAUGUCUUGGACCAUUUUUGUUUCAGCGCUUGAUGCCGCACAGGCCGCAGCCUCGUUUUGUUUGAGGGAGGGUCGUGCUCCCGGGGAGGGCGCUCUGUCCUCCGGGGAGAGGUGAGCCCGCCCGCAGGGGCCCCAGGGAGGGAGACGCUGGCUCCCCGCUGUCGGGCCCCACCCUGGUGUCACCCCGCUGGUGUCCAGGGUGGGUGUGGAGAUGCCUGUAAGUCUCAAGGCCUCCUCGCUCUGAGUCCAUAAUGUAAGGCGCCAGCGUUCCGGUCACUGAACACACACGCGCACACACGCCCAGGACGGCUGCGGGGAGGUCUCCCGCCAGUCCCGCCCCACCCUCACCCCCCCGCCGCCAGCACCUCUGGGGCUGACCUGACCGGGAGCUUGAGGAGGGUCCCUUAUGGUGGCUGAUGUCACAGACACGCGUGGGCUGCUGCCCUGGUCCUCGGCGGCUCUCUCCAGCCCAGGGACCCCAGAGGCCCCUCCUUUAUCCCUGGGGCUGGCCAAGCACUCCCCGGGAGAGACAGGAGGCUGGGGCCUCUUCCCAGGCCCGUGCUCCCUGCAGCCAGCCGUCCCCUGAGUUUCCCCGUGGCUUGUACAUAUGUGGUUGUGUGGCACACCCAGCCCCUGCACCGUAACUGCCAUCCCGCUGUGACUAGUUCCCUGAUGUCCUAAACCCAAGCGUUAGGCUCUAGGCUCCUGUACCGCGUGUGUGCACUUGAGGCUCUGUCCGGUUAAGAAAUAAACAUGGCUCUUUAUGCAACACCAGA